CAGUCAUUGGGGUUGGAGCUGACGGGGGCAGCACCGCGUACCGUUGCUAUGCGCGCCGGAAAUUUAAAAACGCAUUCCUCUUUUGAACAGUGAGCAGACGACAAGGGGACAAUAAUUAGAAGAAGACUGACUUCUGGUGAAUGUGAUCUCGUGAAAAAAAAAACAAAACAAAAAAAAACAUAACAUGAGCUGGUUCUAAAAGAAUUGAUUUUUUUUUUUUGAGGAUUAUUCCCAAAUAGUUCAAGUUCUGUGAAUGGAUUAAAUUAAAAAUAAAUUAAAAUCGGAGUCAUUUCACAAAAGUUUUUAUUUUUAAAUGGACUAAAAAAGGUUUUUAAAAAAGCAUAUCUUUGAAAGUUUGUUUCGAAAAGAGUCCAUUGUGUUCCAUAGAAUACUCAACUUGUUUUUGUUUUUUACUGCAUUUGAAUAUCUACUGUUAAUUAUCUUUCAUUUGAUUGGACCGUGGGGACAUGCUCGCAAAGAUCUUUGAUUGAGUUUUGCUUGUGUAACCAGGCUAACUAUGAGUGCAUGGGCGGCUUCUCGAAUGGUGCAAGAACACAACCUUCUUGCCGUACUUAUGGACGCUGCCCUGAAAGAGGCAGGCCUGAGUCAUGGAACCCUCUCGGAGCCCAUGGGGCGCCUGCUUCUGGAAGCAGUUGACAUAGGCGUGACCAACGUGGUGGUUCAGAUCCUGGCACGAAAUCUGAAGGACUGCAUCUAUUAACUAUGCAUGAAAUAGAAAUGUGGAGUCGAUUUAUGAAGUUCUGAAUAUGUUUACAUAAGAAUCUAGAUCAAAAGAACAUUCGAGAACCUACCCAGUCAUUUCAUAUUUUUAGUCCAUUGAAUAAUAUUGAUCGACGCUUAGAGUGAAAAUCCAAUAACAUCAAAAUUAUGGUCUUUAAGGGAGAGUUAUGGAAAUCAUUAGAGAUUUGGAAUUCUGGAAAUUUUGAUCUCCGUUUUUCAGUGCAUCUAUGCCAGUGUGGCCCAUCACGUGACCUAAUUCUCUAUUAACAAACAAACAUGAGUGUUCGAACGCUUCCAACAAUGUGUUCAGGACUCAGAGGCUGUAGGGGCCCAUUAGGAAUAACCACACUGCUCACUCGUAUCGCUUGGGCCUGUCUUUUGUUGGCAGGGGCGGCACCAGCCCAGGUUCCAGGUGAAGAAGGAGUGAGCCGUAGGACAAUGUGCCACACAAACACGGGGGAUAGCUACACCUGCCACUGCGACAACAUUACAGACAUUUAUCAGGAGCUGCCCACAAACGUCACCAGACUUGCAAUAACCAACUCACAAAUGGUGGUGCUACCGUCACGGUCAUUCGACAGAUAUGGCUCACUGAGACAGCUAGAAAUAUUUAAGUUAUACCAUCUCCAAGUGAUUGAACCAGGAGCAUUCAGUGGACUAGAUCAUCUAGAAAUAUUGUUGAUAACCGACUGCCACAGCUUGUUAAACAUCGGUCCAGGUGUGUUUGGCCAGUUCCAGAACCUCAACACUCUACGCAUUCUGAAAAGUGGUCUGACAAGUGUUCCAGAUUUUUCGAGAUUUGAAACCAAAGUUAAAGCACUUGACCACACGAUGUAUGAAAUUGAUCUCACGGCGAAUAAAAUCCAAAGCAUCAAAACUGGACAGUUUUCUAAAGUGAAGACCUACAUUCUUCGCCUUGAGAGUAACAUGCUAACAAGAAUAGAAGACAAAGCCUUUUACGGAGCAGUCAUCAAACGUUUCAUUUGUCGUAAUAACUUUUACCUGUCUCACCUGGAAGAUUUGGCAUUCAGUGGAAUCAAAGACUUCCACGUUCUGGACUUGUCCAAGAGUCGUAUCACUCACUUACCAACUGAUGGACUCAUUGAUAUCAGGGAGCUGGUCUUGGAGGACACGCCCACACUCAAAAAGUUCCCAUCAGUGUUUAAAUUUUCUGAGAUCGACACGGCCAGGUUGACCUACAAGCAUCACUGCUGUGCAUUUAGACUUCCUCACCUUCAGGACGAGUCGUCCAGUGUCGACUUGACCGGACGUUCAAGUGCCUGCUCUUCGCAGAUGACCACACCAUCAUUCACAUCGUCAUCGGACACGUCAACUGCCUUCGGCACAUCUGCAGACUUUCGCAUCAGGCGCGACGUUUCCAUAUUCUCCUCCAUUCGGCAACUCAUUUCUUUGGGUUGGGGAGCUUUUGGCAACUCUCGAUCUGGAGACGGGGAGACUAAAAACAACUUUCAAGGCAAAGGCGGAUCUGGCGAUCAUGGGUUCAUAUUGUUCGGAGAACAUCAGGAUUUCGGUCCCAUCAUCACUUCAUCCACCAGCGUGCCCGUAGGGAUCACCACCCGAAGUUCAGUCGGUUGGCACGAGACACCAAAACCCCACAACGACACAAAGUGGUUCUCGUGCGGGAACUUCACGACCCCAAAGGAUUAUUCGGAGGUUGUGUGUACGCCUCAGCCCAACGCCUUCAACCCAUGUGAGGAUCUUAUGGGAUACUCAUGGCUGAGGGUAUUCGUGUGGUUUGUGCUUCUGGCUGCUCUAGGGGGUAACCUUGUGGUUAUUGUGGUCCUGCUGACCGCCAGGAGUAAGCUGACCGUACCCAAGUUUCUCAUGUGUAAUCUCUCUUUCGCGGACUUCCUGAUGGGGCUUUAUCUUCUACUCAUCGCCUCCGUGGACGUGCAUUUUCUGGGCGACUACUUCACACAUGCUGUGUCUUGGCAGAACGAUGGCGGUUGCCAAGUGGCGGGUUUCAUCACUGUAUUUGCCAGCGAGCUUAGCGUCUUCGUCUUGACCGUCAUCACAAUGGAGAGGUGGUACGCCAUCAGCCAGGCUAUCCACGUCAAUAAGAGACUGCGCAUGCGCCAGGCGACCUGCCUGAUGUUCGCCGGAUGGGGGUACGCCUCCUCGAUGGCUAUUCUUCCACUUUUGGGAGUCAGCGGUUACGGGGCUGUUAGCAUUUGCCUUCCGAUGGAAGCCAGGGAUUUGUGGGAUAUCAUUUACAUAAUCGGCCUCCUGCUAUUUAAUGGCGUGGCUUUUGUGGUUAUUUGCGGGUGUUACAUCAGUAUGUUUUUGAAAGUGAGAGCAAGCGAGAAUAUGGAGCGCAGAAAUGACGUCACGAUCGCCAAGCGAAUGGCUAUCUUGGUCCUGACCAACUUUAUCUGUUGGGCCCCCAUCGCUUUUUUCGGGCUCACUGCAUCCUUCGGCCUACCUCUGAUUGACAUCACCAACUCCAAAAUCCUGCUCGUGUUCUUUUAUCCGUUCAACUCUUGCGCCAAUCCAUUCUUGUACGCCAUUCUCACCAAGCAGUUCCGUAAAGACUUCUUCAUUCUCCUCGGUCGAUACGGUAUUUGUACAGACAGGGCGAACAAAUACAAAGGGACUUCCAUGACAAGGUCUUACUCCAACUCAAGGCACAACGGCCUUCAGCUGAACGUGACUCAUAACACACCAACGGAUACCAGUAUUCUCAGCCAGUACCGCAAAGGCUCAAGAGGUUCUUUCUCUCAGAAUGGCACUCCUCCACACGGGAGCAGAGGAAGCUUCCCUAAGGUCACACCACAGUCCACCCCGCAAGAGACCCCUACGACUUCUCCUAAAGUGGUGAACUCCCCUUGCAAGGAUGGGCUUGGCCGAAUGUUUUCCUUCACAAUGUCAAUCGACUCUUCUAAAGGUUCGAAGAAUGAACGGAAGCUUAGCACGGUCAUUGAAACCAGUCAUACGUCGGACGGUCCAUCGGAUGACGGAUGCGGCACGUGUACAGCGGUGAGCUGCAAUGGAAGCGGCGACCGCGUUCUGGAAGCUCGCGAUAGUUUACGAGAUCUUUUCGACGGCAAGCCCCACGGAAGGGUUCGGAGUGCCAGCGAAUACAUCGUCAUCUUCAAGGCAUCUCCGCAGUCCCAUCUACAGCAAAGCCAGCAGCCGCUGUCGUCGCUGCCGGACAAGAGGAGGGGCUCCCAGCGCAGUGACAACCUAGAGAGGCAGCUGAGCAGGGACGCACUGCGUAACAGCAGCAACACCCUGAGCUCCUACAUCAGCGACGGCUCGUCCAGGUUUGACAGUGACAGCGACGUGCGCCUCUUUGAGCGUAGACAAUCCCCAGCCAGCUUCAUCACCACCGCCAGCCUCGACAAACGAGACAGCGGUAUCAGCGACAUGUAUCCGGUCUCCGCUGCCAACUACAUCGGCCGGAACCGAAAAUCUCAGGACUCUGGCAGCAUUGCGGAGACGGAGGCGCUGUUGAACAAGAGAAACAAUUUAUCCGGCCUGAAAAAGAACGGAACGUUCGAGACCGCUGAACAUAAAUGUAAAUACUCUCUCAUGAACAACCGUUUCUCGGCUGACUCUAUCGACGAAGAGGACGCUUACGUAAAUCUAGAGCCCAGAAAGCGGAGACCUGUUGGGUCGCGAGUAGUUCAAGGUGAAGACGGAGGGGCUUACAGCACGGAUGGUGAUGACACAGAGGAUGACGUCAAAUUGAGACAGUCUUUGUUAAACAAGUGCUAAAACAUUUAUUUAAAAAGAUUACAUUUAUUAUUGACGCCUGCUCAAACUCAUACCAAUGUAUUACAAACUGUUUCUAUGAUUUUUUUUUUCCUUCUGUUUUUCUGUUUCAGUUUCUCCAAUGGAUAUUUUGAUGUUUUAUGGGUUGUGAGCAGAAUACAAAAUAUCACUGUCUGUACUUGAUAUAAAUUAUAUCAUUAAACACAUUUCUAUAUACAAUGUUAUUGAUUUUAAUAUGAAUUUGCUCUUUCCCACUGAAGUUGAUUUGAUUGUCACUUUGUUUUUUUGCUGAGAAGAUUUUAUGUACCGCUUGCUAGCCCCACCCAAUUACUUUUUUGUAUUCUUUUGAAUAUCUUUGGUUUGUAAAAAAAAUAUGGACAAAUAUUUUUAGUUCCAAAUUUCAAUCAAAGCUAGAAGUCCCCAUGGAUAUAUAUUCUUCGAUCGAAUCAAAUCUUUUUGUAGAAGCUUUUAUGUAGAACUUCAUAAGAAAAUAAUUAAAAUCUGAGAAUGUCAUAGAAUGUAUCUUCUUUUACCACAGAGUGACAAUGUGUAGUGUCUGCCUGUGUAUAUAAUUUCAUUUCAGUACAUACCGAAUAGUUAGGAGUUAUUGCUUAUAACAUUAGUUCACAUCUAGUUGUCAAGAGCUUAAAUGUUAACUAUUUCAGUUCACAGCUAAUUCUUUACAAUGACAGUACUCAGGGCCGGCCUUAGCGAUUGCAGGACCCUAUGCGAAAGGGAUUGCACGGGGCCCAGUCAUGGUAGGAAAAAGCAUAACGUCAAAAUAUUUUUUUUUAAGCUGACUAUGCAUUUUUUCGUAUCACGCGUAGAAUUGCCCCCCCCCCCCAGGAGGCCCUGGAUAAUCAAGAGGCCGCUGAAAUCCUGUUAUUAUAUAUAAGUUAUAAUGGUUUGAUGUCAUAAUUGACACCUAGAACUAGCGCGGGGCCUAUGGAAGUGCGGGUCCCGCUGCGACCGCAUAGGUUGCAGUGGCCUAAGUCCGGCCCUGUGUCAGUACUUUGGUUCCUGUCUGUAAUACUUGCCUGGCAUAUACAUGAAUUCAAGAAAGAACUAAGUAACUCUUGUUCCAAGUGAGUUUAGGGCUUUGGGAAUAUGAUGGAUCGCUCUACCUACCCACUACCCAAACAGUGAUUUAAAAAAUACAAGUGAGAUUCUAAUAUAAUCUAGCUGUUAGUUUCUUCUUUUUUUUUUCUUUAAAAUUUAUAUUAUUUUUGUCUAUUUUUUUUUAUUUUACUAAGGCCUGUAUUGAUUUUGUAAAAACAACAAAGUGAGAGGUGAAGCAGACAUUUGUUGUCCUGUUUCACAACGAUUCCCAAACAAAUGUUCCAUGGUUGGAGGAAAUAUAGUACCCGGAGAAAUCUAGGGGGAUUUUUUUUUUUAUGAACUAUAAUUGUUGGAGAAAUUUUGGGGUUUUAUGAAUAAUCGUUAAGAGAAAUCUUGAGAAGCUUUGGGUUAAUAAACUAUAGUAAUUGUAGAUUAGACGUCUUGGGGGAUUUCUGUGUUUAUGAACUAUAGUAGUUGUAGGCAAGACGUCUUGGGGGAUUUCUGGGUUUAUGAACUAUAGUAGUUGUAGGCAAGACGUCUUGGGGGAUUUCUGGGUUUAUGAACUAUAGUAUUUGUAGGCAACACGUCUUGGGGAAUUUCUGGGUUUAUGAACUAUAGUAAUAGAAGAAAUGUUGAGGAUUUCUGGGUAUCUGAAAUGUAGCUUGCAGCGUGACCAGAGCCUUCUAUGAACAAAUACCUUUUGAAAACAAUGUCAUUGAUAUUUUGAUUUCCUAUUAUAUCAUGAAUACAUGUAUGUUAUACCGUUGAAUUGAAUGUCGUCACGUGUAAUCAACCCCAUGGAAAUGUAGGCCUAUUAUAACAUGCUAUGUAUUGUUAAAUAAAGUUUGGGUAACUAAAAUGUAGUUGUCAAUUAUUGGACUUUUGAUCAGUACCUAUUGU